CUUCUCCUCUCCUCCCAGCCCGUCAUCCAUCCUCACACAGCGGCACGACGCGCGUCUCACUUCCGGGCUCACACUGCAGAGUGCGACCGUUUCCAUUACAGAAGGUGGAGGCUGAGAGUGGCUCUGUGACCUGCUGCUACCUGGAUAAACACACACCUGUGCAUUUUCUUGCCAGAAGUCAAGAAAUAAAGCAAAAAAGGAAGAGAAGACAGAAGUAAAGACGGACCGACUGCAGGAGGAGAAGGAACUUAUUCUCACAACUCGUCUUCCUCCACUCUCUCCUCGCUGCUCUCCAACAUCUUUACAGCUUCACCAAGAUGAAGCUGAAGGAAGACCUGAGCCCCAUGCUGCUCCUCCUCUUCCACCUCAUGGUAUGGAUCUACACCUCCAUCACCUUCCUGCCCUCCUACAUCCUCAGCUGGGCCUCCGGAACCGACGGGGGCUGCUACGGCUCCGAGGAGGAGCGAGCCAAGAGGGCGAAGGCCCGCUCCGUGCUGGGACGUCCAGAGGGCCCGUACAGAGAUGUGAGCGCCACCAAGAGGUUGGCGACGUCGCUGCACCCGGGAGUGGACACCCUGGAUAAGGUGUUUGAGUACGCAGCCAGGAGGUUCCCACAAAGAGACUGUCUGGGGACGAGGGAGGUGAUUAGUGAAGAAGACGAGCGGCAGAGCAACGGAAAGGUGUUUAAGAAGGUGGUUCUGGGUGAGUACCACUGGAUCUCCUACAAAGAAAUCCACACAGCAGCAACCCAACUGGGCAGUGGUCUAGCAUCACUGGGUCAGCGGCCCAAAAACAACAUCGCCAUCUUCUGUGAGACACGGGCUGAGUGGAUCAUUGCUGCACAGGCAUGCUUCAUGCAUAACUUCCCAUUGGCCACACUUUACUCCACACUGGGAGGUCCAGCUAUUGUUCAUGGGCUGAAUGAGACUCAGGUCACCCACAUUAUCACCAGCAGAGAGCUCCUGGAGACCAGACUCAAGGCUAUUCUAAUUGAAGUUCCAAGGCUGCAGCAUAUCAUCGUAGUGGACGACACACCAACCUCAUGGCCCGGCUAUCCACGUGGCAUCAGCGUGCACAACAUGGAAGCUGUUCAGAAGCUUGGGGUGAAGCCUGAGAACGCAGCACGUGAGCGUAAGCCGCCGCUGCCUUCAGACAUCGCAGUCAUCAUGUACACCAGUGGAUCAACAGGCAUACCGAAAGGAGUCAUGAUCUCACACAGCAACAUCAUCGCGGGCAUCGCAGGCAUGGCUGCGCGGAUACCCAACCUGUGUGAGGAGGACACCUACAUUGGCUACCUGCCUCUCGCUCAUGUCCUGGAGCUCAGUGCAGAGCUCGUAUGUGUGUCUCACGGCUGCAGGAUCGGCUAUUCCUCACCUCAGACUCUAGCUGACCAGUCAACCAAGAUCAAGAAAGGAAGCAAAGGAGACACCAGCGUCCUGCAGCCUACUCUGAUGGCAGCUGUCCCGGAGAUCAUGGAUCGUAUCUAUAAAAACGUGAUGGCCAAGGUGGAGGAGAUGAGCUGCGUGCAGCGAACACUCUUCAUUCUGGCAUACAACUACAAACUGGAGCAGCUUGCUAAAGGAUACAGCACGCCUUUGUGUGACAAGCUGGUGUUCAAGAAAAUCCGCUCUUUGCUGGGAGGUCAGAUUCGAGUGUUGUUAUCAGGGGGAGCACCACUCUCUGCCGCCACACAGCGCUUCAUGAACGUGUGUUUCUGCUGCCCGGUGGGUCAGGGAUAUGGCCUGACGGAGACCUGUGGAGCUGGAACCAUUUGCGAGCUAUGGGAUUACAGCACUGGGAGAGUGGGAGGACCUCUGGUUUGCUGUGAGAUCAAGCUGAAAGACUGGGCAGAGGGUGGCUACCGUAGCACCGACAAGCCGCAUCCAAGAGGAGAGAUUCUGAUUGGAGGACCCAACGUGACCAUGGGGUACUACAAGAACGAGCCGAAACUCCAAGAAGAUUUCUUUGUUGACGAGAACGGGCAGCGGUGGUUCUGUACAGGAGACAUCGGAGAGUUCCACGAAGACGGCUGUCUCAGGAUAAUUGAUCGUAAGAAAGACUUGGUGAAGCUGCAGGCGGGGGAGUACGUGUCCCUGGGAAAGGUGGAGGCCAUGUUGAAGAACUGCCCGCUGGUCGACAACAUCUGUGCCUACGCCAACAGCGAUGAGACGUACGUGAUUGGCUUCGUGGUGCCCAAUCAGAAGCAUUUUCUGGCUCUGGCCGACCAGUACGGUAUCCGCGGCCCAUACGAGGAGCUGUGCAACAGUAAGGUCAUGGAGGAGCUGGUCCUUAAAGUCAUCACUGAGGCUGCUCUACCAGACCACCUAGAGCGCUUUGAGAUUCCUCGCAAGAUCUGUCUGAGCCCGGACCCGUGGACUCCUGAGACCGGAUUAGUGACUGACGCGUUCAAGCUCAAGCGCAAGGAGCUGAAAACACGUUACCAGGACGACAUAGAGAGAAUGUAUGGCGGGAAAUAAGGACAAGGAGCAGCACAGCAUUGUUCUUUCUCAAACCACAGACCAACACUGAACACUCUCACUCCCCUCUCACUUCUUUAUAUCUUUCCCCUUCAAAAUAAGAGCCAACCAUGUGAAUCUGUGGUAAAUCUUAACAGGAUAGGGUGGUACCAGUUCCCUCAUGGACGCAACUUUUACUUGAAUUUGUAACUAAAAAAGAAAACACAAAAGAUCCCUGUCCACUGCUGCCUUUUCCCUUUCCCUGCCCAGGUGUAUGACCUCUUUGUGGGGAUCUUUAUUGUUCCAGAUGUGAGUUAUGAAACAGAUGGUGCGUUCGCUGAUGUUGUCUGUUGAACUCUCUGAGUGCCACAGCAGAAGCUCCGGUAAGGCGAACAGGUUUGUUGCCUCGUUGCUUUGUGCUCACCCAUGAGACGCCAGAUUGGUUACAUAUGAUGUCUGAAUCUUUCCUUGAGUUCAUUUUCGAUCUUCCUUUUAACUUAAAAGUUUCACAUUCCGUCUUCCUGCAGGUCAGGAGACGGUUAAGUCUUUUGUUUCUUCACAUGUUUUCAGUUCUGUCAAUAGUUUAUUUUGUCUCCCACCCACAGUCGGGCUUUGACUCCCACGGCCGUGGGACGUCUCUCCCAUCAGCACAUUUUGAUACCAAAAGCACAAAGUUAUCUGAGGGCAAAUGAGGCAACAGGUUGAUACAAAUCUUGUGGUCGUAUCCGGUCUAAGAGUUUUAACGUUUUUUAUCCUUAAUAUUACAAUAUGGAUCACUGGAAUGCAAGUGAGGGGAAAAAAUUAAAAGUGGGGAAAAAAAAGUUUCUUCACAACAAUUUCUAAAAAAAAAAAAAAACUGUAGAAAGACAGGUGGAAAAAAGGUUUUGUCAGUUUUUCUUUUGUUUCUUUGUUUGCGUUUGUUUUGUCAGGAUCAAUUUGCUAUCUGUUUGUUAUUGUAAUACUCAUUUCAGCCACAAGAUGCUGAAGUGCACCACUACCUCAUGAUCUAAAUAGGACUCAAAGCAUUUAUGUUUUCUUCGAGGGCUUUUAAUAUCUCUGUGCGCUCUAUACGCAAGUUAAAUUGUGUGUUGGCAAGUUCUGUAACAUUACUGUCAUGUCUUUCUUUUGGCCUAGAAAUGUAUUUUAAUCUGCAAAUCUGCUGUUAGCGUUAACUUAACUGACAUUAGACAUUAGCCCGCUAGCUUGAAAAUGAAAAACAUGUUUGCAGCGACUCAAUUCAGAUAUUUCCAAUGUGGUGCACACAUUUUGACAGGGUAGUGUUGGUUCUAAUUGCGUAGCCAUUAAAUGCUCACUUACUGCCAUGAACAUUACGGCAUGUUCACAGACUGAUAAAUGAAGCCGAUAACAGCUUCUAUGUGACUGCUGUAUAGGGGUACUUGCCUUUUUCACCAGUUUGAAAUAAGUUAAUGGUCCCCGCACAUCUUUGGUUGUGGACUGUAUAGCCAACAUUACUUUUUACUAGGGCCGGGACUCGAUUAAAAAAAUGUAUCUAAUUAAUUAGAGGCUUUGUAAUUAAUUAAUCGGAAUUAAUCGCAUAUAAAUAUUUGACCUGAGAACAGUGAGAAGUCAUUUUUUUCACAUGGAUUUUUAGUAUACCAUUGAAUAACGACUGAAUACAUAAGCUUAAGCAACAAAAAUAUUGAUUAUUUUUGUUCAAGUCCAACAGACCAGUGCUAUUUUUGCCAUUAAGUGCAGCAAUAGCAUAUUUAGAAAUAUAGUACAUUUCAGAAGUUCAGGUAGCCUAUAGGUAGGUAGACCUUCUGUAAACUAUAAUACUUUGGUUUUUUAAGUAAAACACAAUCCACGCUAGCUACCACACUAGCCGCUAGCUGCUAUAUGUUUAGCAUUGAGGUGAUACUUGAGGCUGGAUGUGCUGUGGUGAUAUGUGAAUUCCUUGUUGCAUAGCAACACAACCAUGCUCUUAUCGACGCUUCCAUCCGUUGGUUUUUAGUAACUAAAUGUCCCAUCAUCCACGGGGCCAACCAAAGGUCUCAUCAGCUUCUUCCUUCAUGUUCACUGUGGUUUGUUGUUGUCUGAACUCAUCAACGCUAGUUGGUGCUCCAGUAUAAUCGGUCUGCCUGAAACUCAUCCAGUGAGAAACGUUCCGCGGUGCAAAAAUAAGUGCGAUUAAAAUGCGUCAAUUUUUUUAAUGCGUUUAUUUUUGUGUAAUUAAUUAAUCUUAAUUAACGCGUUGAAGUCCCGGCCCUACUUUUUACAGAAGCGUUACCUCCCAUUACUUUUUUUUUAACCGCGCAGAUUAAAAAAGGUUACUUAGAAAAAUAAUGCAAAAGAAUAAAAAAAAAGUUUUUAGCCUUAACUUUUUUCUUACCCUUCCUGUUUCACAAAGAUAGAAAAAAUUGAAGGAACUAAAAGGAUUAUGCUGGCACAACUUUUUUUUUCACCUGUUUUAAGGAGAGACAAAAAGACUUUCUAAAAAAAAAAGAUCACCAGAGUUUUUUUUCCUCUCUGGCCUCUCUGGGCUUCCGUAUAAACGCCAUUGCCCUUUUUUAGGAAAAUGACAAAAAUUGCACCUAAUAGUUUUAUUUAAAAAGAAAAGAAACAAAGAUUCACUGUUGUUUAGUCUAAUGUAUUUUCCUACAGUUACAGAGUAUACUUUUUUAUGUGCUUUACAGACCACAGUGUGCUCAAAAAUGCACAUUUACUUUCUUGUAUUACGGAUGGAAUGUGUAAUCAGUGUCACUUUUGAUAGAUCACAGUGCAAUGUGAAAAUAUAUCAUUUCUGUCCAAAUACAGCAGAUGAUUACAGAUAGGUUCUAAAAUAAACUUUUCUCAUAGUGCAUGGGUGGGUUGAAAAAUGUGCACAUUUUGACAAGUGCGACUUUUGUGUAUGUGUCCGACAUUUAUUCUGCUGGACCGUCAUCACCAGCUAAAAGUUGCAUAUUUCUGUCGUCUGCACGAGUAUGACUAAGUGUGUGACUCAUCGAGUCUGUACACGGCACAAACAUGCUCCCAGCAUCCCUCACAAUGUGACACCUGUUGCAUUCGCUUGUUAUUCUGAGUCAAGGCUUUCUGAUUCCUAAAUGAUUUUCCAUUUCAUGUUUCUCUUGAAGUGUAAAUGUGUAAAACGUGGAGCUGUGAUCAGCAGAUGAAGCACCUUGAUUUUUAACUUAAGCUAUAUUUUACC